AUGAUAGCCGAAAAAAAGCCGUACUCGUCUUUCGUCCAAAAAUUCUACAGUCCUAGUGCCCGGACGAUUAUGUUGUAUGGAUCCGGAACCCUAAUGAUCGCCUUCAUCAGCUACAAGGGCAUUAAAUCGAAAUGGUGUACCAGGAAGAGGAACGGGAACGAACAACCCGUACCUGCACAAAUGCCUUUAGAUGAAGAUCGCAUGCCGCUGAGCAGUGUAUAUCCAGAGUUGUUGUACGCGCACCUGUUGGAUGCUGAUGGUAGUCGUCUGACCUAUACGCAUUUCACUAGUAGGGUCAAUUAUAGGUCACUCAUCGAGAUUUCUUUCAACAGACCCAUCUAUAUUCAAAGGAACAAGGUGUACAAAGUUGGCGUGGUCCUCAACAAAAAAGGCUGUUACCCUAUUGGCACCUAUCCUAAUCAAUCGACAUGCAAUGGCGUAGUCUUUACAUUCUCCCAAGGCCAAUGUGGAGACUCGGUCCGAGAUGGUCUGAUUCGAUCCAUUGUAUUCUCAUUGUCUUCGUCCAACAACAUGAUACCUGGUGUACCGGGUGAUCAUAACAAGUUGCAAUCAAUAAAUAUUAUAUAGAUCUACUUAUGUUAUGUGUGCUAUUGUGAAAUGGAAAGUUUAUUUAUGAUUUUUGACUUAGAUGUUUAUUUUUCAGAUUUAUUCAUAUAUUACAUCACUCGAAUUGUAUCAUCUAAUUAUUAUUUUAUAAUCAUCAGUGGUGGCUACAGGGAUGGCAGGGUUUGUAGUGCAGACAUAUUUGUUCAUAUGAUUUCAAUUGAAUUGAUGUUUUUCACCGUUACGCUCAGUGGGCUUUACACCGCACUGUGGCUCAUCGGCAAUACUGGCAACUGUUAAUCCAUCUCUGUACAAGGGAAUGUUAACAGGUUAUAUAACGAGCAGGUGGUUUGAUUUGUAGAGAGUUGAUCAACAACUUGACUCGUGGGUUCGGGCUAUAUCGUAGACAUGUAGGAGAAAAACAGAAGUUUGACUUGAAUGAAGACUACAUGAACGAUAAUCCACCCUCAACUCGAAUACCGGGUCUUCAACAACGAUAAAUUACUGGAAAUUAACAACUGCUAUCAAAUUAAAACAUAGGCGUACUGAACAAAGUCAAAGCAGGGUUGUAAUUUCACUGAAAAUUGAAACAAAAGUUGAAACAGAAAUAGCAUCCUGCUAUAAUGAUUUUUCUUUGUGGGUUCUUGUGAGUUCAAAUUGUGGGAGAAAAAGUAUACCUUUCACAGUAUCAUAAACUAUUUCAGAAACCAAAAUGAUUUUCUACCUUUACCUAAAAGCACCAUGACGGAUUUCCGCGCGUUCCUUUAUUACUGUUGUGUCAACCAAAAUUGCAAACCAUUCCACCGAUGUACAGAGAUAGUGGACGAAUUUUGGUGGCUUUCGAAAUGACAGCGACAGCAUAACCUCAAACUAACAAAAAAAGUUUGGAUUUGAAAUCUGUUUGCCAUUUGCCUAAGAAAAAAAUGGAUGAAUUAAUCGAAAUCAGUCUAGAAAAUGAAAAUAAAAGAAUAGCUGCAUUAUUGACACCAACAGAAAUUGAAGAAAUUUCGAGUGGUAGGCACUUUUUUCUUUCCCAUCAUGAAUUUCAUGAAAUUAGUGCAAACAUUCAGGAAACUUGAGUACCAACAGAGAAUUCUUAUUAAUGACUAUCCAUAUCAUCAUAAUUUAAUGCAAUGUUUUGUAUUUAGGUUUUUGAGAAUUUUUAACCUAUAUCGUCUACUCCCCAACAUAAACAAUAUUUCAUCCUACAAGCCGAAGAAAUAGAAGAUGUCGCUGGUAUCUGUUACAGCCGUAGAAAAAGUAUAGUGUAUAACUCGCACGGAAUGCUAAUUUUUUACUCGAAUGAUUUGCAGCAUUCGCCUACGUCUCAUGUUGCAAACUUCAUUCUCGUGGGAAAUUUUGAAUCAUUCCGUGCUGGUUAAACAUUAUACCAUUUUUAUUUCAAUUUUCAACUUCAAUAACUCCGUAACGAAGCGCGAUAAACAUUUUUUCAUAUGAAGUACUAUCAUUAUUUUGGCUCACUCUAUCAGGUUAGGUUAGGUUCCAUGUGAGUGAGGCACCUCUAGAGGUUACAGUUCCCUAAAAUCCACAUCUUUUGACAAAGUCCAUGGGUGAAUUCAUAAGCCGCGGUGAGCCCAGUCUGGCAACACUGUUCAAAAGUUCUACCUCCAGCCAUUUGCACAAAUACGACAAAUGUGUUCUGGAUGUAACAGAGUGAUUGUUUUCAGUUUUCAAGAGGCAAUUGAUGUGUUAUCAAGGUGAAGUAUUGUUGAAAGCCAGUGAAAAGUGUAAGGAAUAUUCUAGUGAUCGAGGUAUGAGUGAAGGAGUGUUUGUGUGUGUAAAAGUCUCGUCAAAAAUCGUUUUUGAAUCUAGGUUAUGCUUAAGUCAAAUUACGCAUCGGAAAAGAAAUGUUUUGAUUUUUAAAUUUCCUACCCUCCAUACCGCCUUCUCUUCCAAGGCUUCAAUACCAGCCAGGCAAAUCAGAAACGAACGAGGAAGAAAUUUUGACAACAUAGAUGUGGACUUGCCAACAAUUCUCGAAUGGGGAUCCAAUAACUUAGAUAGUAGAUUUCAAUGCAAACAAAACACAAGCAUGCCUUUUCUCUAGAAAAGCCGAUCUCACUGUGCCCAACAUAAGCUUGUCAGGAGUAACCAUACCUUUGAAGACAUCCAUUUCGAUGCUUGGUAUUACUAUCAGCAAUAACCUUUCUUGGGACAAUCACGUGAGAUCAAUUGCUAAAAGUGCAUCCCAAAAACUUGGUUUUCUGUUUCGCGCCAGGAGCUAGUUCACUUCCAGUCAGCUGCUUAUGAUCUAUAAGGCACAGAUCCGACCUGUUCUGGAAUACUGUUGCCAUAUUUGGAGCGCAGCACCCAAAUAUACCCUGAAACUGUUGGAUUCUGUCCAAAAAAGGGCAAUUCGUCUCGUGGGUGAUGCCUCGCUCACAAACUCACUCACUUAUCUGGAACACCGUAGAAAAGUUGGCGAUCUGGCUCUAUUUUAUAGAUAUUUUCAUGGACGAUGCUCUUCUGAAAUAUCAACAAUUGUUCCUCUCUUGGCAGUGCCCGCGAGAUUAACCCGUCGAGUUGAGACUUCGCACUCCUUCUUGGUCACUUUGGAGACCUGCAGAACAUCUCUUUCCAAAGGCUCGUUCAUCCAACGAACAGCGAGGCUCUGGAGCACAUUGCCAAGGGAGGUGUUCCCCGAGGCAUAUAACCUUCAGAAAUUCUAGAAGAACACCAAUUCCUACCUUAUUUCCCUUGGUUCUCACGAUGUUCUCUGAAAAUAACAGGAUAUCCCUUUUCGUGAGAACCAGAACAUAAAAAAAAAUCACGCAGGGUGUGCAAUUUAUUUCGUUGAAACAGAUGGAUAAAUUUGGAAAAAUUUGCUAAGAAAGCCACAGUUAGUGACAACAGCAGUUCUCUCUAUUCUUCCAAAUUUAACAAGUCAUCUUUCUAAACCUAAUACCUCAUUAAGAACAAAUCACGAUGAAAGACGUCAGAAAUGUUGAGCUGUUCAAAAUAAACAAUAGUUAAUUUCGAAAAAUCCUACCAUAUUCUCAAUUACGAGCAGGUAGUUGGAGAAAAUGCAGAAAAAUUGAAAAUUGAUAGUUGUUGGGAUUAGAAAGUCCUUAAGACAGAAAGUGAAAUUCAUUUUUAUCAAUUAGGUUCACAGUCAGAUGUAUUGAAAUUAACUUCCCAAGUUGUAGUAUUGAAUGAGAUGCAGGUCCCAGUUUUACUAGGUGAUAAUAAGUUGGGAUUCAAUGAUUCAAAAUGGAUUUUUCCCUAUGAUAUGAAAUUGAGAAGUUGGUCAAAACUUCAGAAUAUAUUAAAUAUAAUAAUAUUCUAGCAAUAUACAGAAACAGCCAAGAUAAAAUUAGCUCAUUUGAUGACUUGAUAGAGAAAAGUUCGAUAUAUCUGAAAAAAGCCUCAUAGUAUCUUGUGAAAAAAGCUUAUUUCAUUCUAGAAAUCUUGAAAUUUUGAUUGAUCAAUUGAAAUAAGUAGACAUUAAAAAAAAUAAUUAUGUCCUUUAUGUUAUACAGCACUUCUCAUUCUGUGUAUGAAAUGGAUUAACUGUAGGAUUUUUUUAAUUUCACCUAACAAACGAUACAACAACUAUCUUCCAACUUGAAUAUUUCUUCAAGCAAUAACUUGAAUGGUUGAUGUAAAAUGGGACUCUCACCUUCCGGAUCACGGCGAUGCGGUGUUGCAUUUAACUCACCGCGGCUUGUUAUAGAGCCUGCUGUGGUGAAUUAAGUGAGAUUUGUCUGAAAUCGAUAGGUUCUAAAUUGGUAAGGGCAAAUAUGUCGAACCUCAGACUCUCUAAGCAAGAGCAUGAACAUAAUAUGUGUUUAGCCGUUUCGUCUUCCACACAGCAACAAUCCGUUUGUUGGUUCAGACUCAUCCUUCCCAGGUGGCAUCUGAGACGACAGUGUCCUGUAAGCAGUCCUGUCAGAAUUCGCAGGUUACCCCUGAUCCACUCUAGGAUCUGCCUGGUUAUAUUUUUCGACGGUUUAGGCAGAAACGCCUUCGAAUGGGUUAAUCCUGGUAGUUCAGACCAGUACGUGAGACUUUUCCCCUUCGCUCAGUCCGAGAUAGUUGUUUUGGCCGCACUUACGGUGAUCCGACAGAAUCGUUCUGGUCCUAUGAACACAGAUUCCAUUCCCUAUUGACGAACUUAAUAGAAUGGGAAAUAGGAUCCUCGUCACCGUUCUCAGGACCCGAUCCUGUACUGGGCAGAGCAAGAAGCCAACAUUCGCAUGUCCUUAACGAAUAGGCGGGCGAAGCACUAGGAACAUAGUGGGGGAUUGGAGGAAUAUCAGCGGCUGCAUAAUUGGAUAGAAAAAUACCUAUCGGUAAUAGGUGUAGAAGAUAGCUCCAUCUGCCGGGAAUGUGAAGAAGACAAAGAAACGUCACUUCACUUCUUCGGUGAGUGUAAGGUGUAUAGAUGGAUUUGAAAUCUUCAAUAGAAGGAUUCGAUCAGAUUAUAGGGUACGGGUAUACUGGUCUUCAUUAGCAUGUCACGUGUUGUAAAAUGAUCCUGUAUUAUGAAAGAGGCGGCGAAGAGAAGAGAUGUCAGGAGAAUUGUCAUAUUUUGUACAUGAACUUUAUUUUGGAAUAAAAUUAUCUAAAAAGCCUUUCCAUCUUGACAAAGAACCUAGAACAACAGGAAAUAACGAUAUCUGAUGAUAUUUCCUACAAUUCAGAAGUGGUCCUUAUUGGUAUCAGAAAAUUUUUGGCAGAGUAUUGGUGUUAGCGAGAUUUCCAAGUCUAUCUUGAUUGUUUUCUUCUGGUUCCUGGAGUAACUAGUUAUCUUUAUGGCAGAAGGGGGUACAAGUCCAAAUACAUAGUACGGCGGAGUUUUCAGCAUCGCAGGAUUCUCUGAUGGAAAAGUUCAUGGAAAUGAUGUUAACUAUGGAGCGGAAUAGAUUGGCUUCGGAAGAGAAGUUUCUCAAGUUGCUUGAAAGGUCUAAUGAUGGAGAGCAAGAGAAUAGGGAAUGUCAUGCUAUUCCUGAUUUGGAGAAACUCUAGGAAAACCUGCUAAGGAUUGGCUUGUUAGUCUGGAGAGUGCAGCUGUACUUCACAACUGGCCUCAAGGGUAUACUCUAGAAACAGCAAAAAUCUAUGUGGUCAGUACGGAUAGGAAAUGGUUCACUGAGAGAGCUUCUCAAAUCAAAACAUUUGAAGAUUUCAAAGCGAGUUUCAAGAAAAUUUUUGAUUUCAAAAUGGGUAAAGAUGAAAUGUGGGAAAAAAUUAAGAAGCGAAUUCAAGGGAAAAAAAUCAUUUUUUUUUAAGAUAAGGUCACGGUUUGCGCAAGAGCUUAGGAUUUGUUUUUGAUGAAAUAAACGAGCAGGUAAUUGUAGGACUGCAAAACAAGAGUAUAAUUCCUGGUUUGCUUGCUAAGGAUACUACAGAUACUGAUCAAUUAUUGCAUGAGAUUGUGAGAUUCGAGAAAAUAAACAACAAAGCUAACUUUUAUACCCACAAUAAAUCUCAACCUCGUAGUUUUUGGAAUAAAAAUAAGAUUUCUUCAGGUGAAUCUGAUAAUGUUAAGGAACCUUCAGAAAUAACUUGUAUUUGAGCAGAUAAUGACGACCCUACUAGGGAAAAUCAAAGUGAUGAGAAAUCUAGAAAGAUUUGUUUUAAAUGUAAAGGAAAAGGUCAUUUCAAGAAAAAUUAUCCACAAAAUACAAAUCAACUUUCAACGACUGCCAAAGUUCCAUCUGAAGGAAAUGCAAGUCAUUCGCAUACACAGUCUUUGGUGUGCAGUAAAAAUACUGAAGUUGAUUCGAUUCAGAAAUUUAUCCGACCAGUCAGAAUAAAUCAUUUUCUGGAUAUCACAGUUUUUAUAGAUCCCGGUAGUGCAGUUUGCACAAUUAAGGAAAGCGUUAUACGUGCUAAUAAUCUACCAUACAAGUCAACAAAUCAAGAUUUAUUUGGUUUUGGGGGACAAAGCAUAAAAAGUAAGGAGAUCACUAUAAGUUUAUAGUGACGUUGGAUAAGGUCGAGGAGGAAGUUGAGGCGCUGGUCGUGCCAGAGAGUUCACAGCCAACGGACUUGGUAAUCGGAAGAACAUUUAACAUAUGUUGAAAUCGGUGAACAACUGCAUUUUGGUUAUAAACAUGAAGAACUGGAGGGAGGCUCAACCCAAGAGUGAUGUAUUGAUGAAAAAUGACGUGAAAUUUAAAAAAACUACGUUGAAUUUCGUCGAUGUUCGAGUUGGAAAAGAAGUUGGAAGGAUGGCGGUAAUGAGAACUCGAGAUGUCAGUUUGAAGGUGGGUGAUCGUCGAAUGAAAAUAACCGGAUUCCUUUAACUUUGGAGAUGUUGAAUUUUGAUGGAGACGUAUGUCCGGAAGACAAGGAGACUUUUGAAUUUGGCCUAAUUAGGGUGCACAGACUUGAUGACAGUUAGCAUAAAAGACAUUGAUAACCCUAUUAAGGCGAAACCGUAUCGUUGCAAUUUAGAAAAUCGAAAGAGGAUUAAAGAAACGGUUGACGAAUGGCGUGAGUGCGGGAUAGUUCGUGAUACAAAUUCAUCAUAUUCGUCACCAGCUUUUCUCGUACCAAAGGCUACUGGUGAGAAAAGACUUCUUGUAGAUUUUAGGUUUAAAAGAGACAUUUAGAAGAAAGAUGCUUAGAUAUGUGGAGGAAGGUUGAAGAGGACCAUCACCAAUCACUAUCAUUCCGUGCUCGUUAAACAAUAUACUAUUACCGCACUAGUGCUCAAAAGUAACUUUUUCGCACAAUUUUUGGUAUUGUUGAAAAUGAGGAUAUAUAUAGGACUAACUUAAUGAUCUAUGUAACUAUUCUGUCUUAUGUUUCAUUUUGUAGCAUUAUUAUAGAACCUUGUUUAUUGAAAACCUUUUUUUUUUCAUAAGGAAAUCUCUGCUAUCAUCUCUUCACUAGCAAUACCAGUCAGACGAACUAGACAAGCCCAGUCAGCACAUCCUUUCGUUGUCAACCUCGAAAGAUGUCGAACAGCACUUUAUCAAAACUCCUUCAUCCAUAGAACGGCUAGGCUCUGGAAUUCAUUGCCUGAGGAAGUAUUCCCAACAACAUAUAAUCUCCAGAAGUUCAAAAAAAAAUUACAAUACCUACCUCCUAUCCCUAUCCUCCCUAGGAACGCACGAAGUUCUUUGAACAUUAUAGGGAUUCCCUUUCGUGCGCUCCAAGCGAUAAAAAAAAACAUACUUGUCGAUUUUAGGAAAUAAAAUGUGUUCUUGAAGUACAAUGUGAGUAUAUCAAAAUAGCGGUUUGUUCACAUUUUCAUUGUGAAAUUCGUGUUGUAUUUUUCAGUUCCUGGCUUUAAAAGUGGAGUCGGCUGUACAUCAGUCUACGCUUACACGAAAAGUUCAUUCGGCCUAUGGAAGAAUGGCCUAUAUAUUCAAAGUUGUACUCAUUAUUUUAUGUAACCAGCGCCCGAAGAGUAGUUGUCAUGUCCACAUCAACGAAACAACCAUCUCACAAGCACAAAAAUCAUUCAAAAAAAGCGCGCCUUAUUCGUACUUCUGGAUUUGGAAAUAAUACUCUCAAUUCUCAGUAUUCAACCUUCCAUAAUAGACCCUUCAUUCCUUUCCCCACGAUACGCCUAUGUGGAUCGGAUUCAUGAGUGUGACGAACAGGUAGUAAUAAAUGGAUGGAUGUAGAAUCUCUCAACCCUAUUUCGCAUAUUAUUUUGUCUGUUACCUGCUGCCCGUGUUCAUUGAAACUCAACAGUUUAUUUUGCCAAAAUUUAAACAUUUGUCGAUCCAAUUGCAGCUUCCCAUGCAAGCCGCCACUGGUGCUCACGUUGAUUAAAGUUUGAAGAGCAAAUAGAAACUUGAUGAGUACCAUUAUAAUAAAAAAUGCAACAUAACAUUUGUGUGAAAAUGCUUCUCAUUUUGUUCUGAAGAAAAUGGAUGAUUCACUUCAUAUCAUUUCAUAUUUUCUCUCAAUUGCAGUUCAAACUGAAUGUAAAUCGAAUAUAACAAAUGAAAAAUUAUAUCCUUCAAGUAUUUUUUAGUAUAGGUGAUUGAAAACCAGUAAACUGUACUAUGAUAUAAAGACAUAAUAAUAGUAAUAUCUAG